AUGUGUGAUAAAGAUCGCUUCAAAGUGAUUAUUGUUGGGGGAUCUGUCGCUGGUCUCACCCUGGCGCACUGUCUCCAACGGGCAGGAAUAGACCAUGUUGUCCUCGAGAAAAAUUCAGAUCUCUCUCCACAGGUGGGGGCAUCAAUUGGCAUUAUCCCCAAUGGGGGACGUAUUCUAGAUCAGUUGGGUCUCUUUGAUGCUGUGGAGAAGAUGACCUACCCUCUCAGCAUGGCUACUAUCACAUACCCUGACGGAUAUUCUUUCCGUAACAAUUAUCCAAAAACUGUCGAUGAAAGAUUCGGGUAUCCCAUUGCAUUCCUAGAUCGACAGAAAUUCCUCGAGAUUCUGCACACAUCGUACCCUGACCCGUCAAAUAUCCAUACAAAUUGCCGGGUGACGCAUAUCCGACGGCAUGACAGCCAUAUGGAAGUUGUUACAAGCCCCGGGCAGGAGUAUACUGGCGACCUAGUGGUUGGUGCUGAUGGUGUCCAUAGCGUUAUCCGCUCUGAGAUGUGGAAAUUGGCGGAUGCGCUGGAGCCUGGACGGGUGUCGAAGCGGGAAAAGAGAAGUAAGCCCUGCGCUGUAUGCCGUGAUGGCAUGAAGGUCGAAUACGCCUGUGUUUUCGGUAUCUCAUCACCCGUUCCAGGCUUAAAGGUCGGAGACCAAGUAAACGCAUUUCAUGACGGCCUGACUAUUAUCACCAUCCAUGGAAAAAAUGGACGGGUGUUCUGGUUCGUGAUCAAGAAGUUGGACGACAUGCACACAUACCCGGACACGGUGAGAUUUUCUAGCGCUGAUGCAGUACGUACUUGUGAGAAUAUCGCGCACUUCCCACUAGUGAACGGGGCCACUUUCGGCCACGUCUGGGAGAACAGGGAGGUUACGUCUAUGACAGCAUUAGAGGAGAAUAUCUUUAACACCUGGUAUGCGGACCGCAUUGUUUGUAUUGGGGACAGUAUUCACAAGGUAGGAUUAAUAACCUUGGCUACAAUUGGAGAGCUCGCAUUAACACUGUAUCAGAUGACGCCAAACAUCGGACAAGGAGCGAAUACUGCCAUCGAAGACGCCACAGUCUUAACCAAUCUGUUGUAUGAUAGGCUCUCGAAGAAUGGACACAAGAAACUCGCACAGCAAGAGCUGCUGCAGCUUCUUCGGGAAUUCCAGUCCCAGCGCUUCCGCCGUGUCAACAAGAUCUACCAAGAUUCUCGGUUCCUAGUUCGGCUCCACGCACGAGACGGAAUCGUUAAAUCUCUCCUUGCACGAUACAUUGUCCCCUAUAUGACAGAACUCCCGGCAGAUCUGGCCUCAAAGUCCAUUGCUGAUAGUCCCACCAUCGGCUUUCUCCCACUCCCUUCGCGCAGUGGACCUGGAUGGCUGCAGUGGAGUCGGAAGCAAAGAAGACCUGCUACCCCGUGGAUACUGGUACUUCUUGUCAUCGUGGUUAGCUUUGGUCUGCAUUCACCCGAGCUUGUUAUUCCAACGUUCUGGAGUAAUUCACUGGUUUCUAAAACGGUUGAGUAA